ACCAUGGUAAACAAUAGUUAACAUCGGCGAAUAAAAGAACGCACCACCGACGCCGGAAAAAAAGUAUAACUUUAAUGAAGUUAACAUUCGUAUCGCUAUCGCCUUUCUUUUCUCAAUAGCAAAUUCAAAUCGUGCAAGUUGUGUGUUUAAAUAAGCUCGGUGCAAAAUGAUGCUAAAAAUUUUUGUGUUACUCUUUUUUUCAUUUUAUAUUGUUUCAGCUUUAGGAGAUGACAAAACUAGUGUAAUCGGACACAAAGAAAACCCCUGUUCUCGGAAUACACGCCCUCGUCAACAGAUACCCCUUAAGAAAAUUCAAUUUAAUAAUAAAAUUUAUGAUGGUGGCCGACAUCACAUAAUACCAUAUUCGGUUAUACGUAAAUUUUUUGAUUUUGCCAUUGCCAUAACUGUCAAUUCUGAGGCCAAAGGAACGGAACGAAUGAAGAAUUAUAUAUCAAAUUUUAUUGAUAAAAUAAAUGCCGAUUUUAUUAAAAAUGGCGUAUCUAUCAGGAUUCCUAAAGAGGCUGGUCGUCUCCUUAUUCUUGAUCCACUUGAAGAAAUGUGUAUGAUGCUUGCAUGGUUACCCGGAAAUAUAUUUAUAGGGCCUAAUCAGGAGCUUCGUCGACAUGACAAACCCAAAGAACAAUCAGGCGGAGAUCCGGGUGACGGUUUCGAAGAGUACGCAAAUAGAAUAAUCAAAGACAAUCAAUACUUUACUGCACUGAAAAAUCUAUAUAGCGAUAUGGAUCUUUUUGUGAAGCCUCCCUUAGAUAAAAAUUUGUUUGAAAAAAUACUGCGCAAUUUAAAUAUUGUCAAAAAAAAAGAUAAACCUUUUCCAUUCGAUGCACGGGAUUGGGAAAUGGUAAAGGUUGAAAGAGAGAUUAGAAAAAAAGUAAAUGGAAAAACUACAAUUGAGAAAAUAAAAGAGGAUAAGUUUAAGAUUCGAGAAUGAUCCAAGUAUUAAUAAACGUAGAAAUAAAAGAUUCCAAAGCCAAAUCUCAUAAGCGCCAGUCGCAAAAAAAAAAAACAUCUAAAACAGAACAAAAUAUAACAAAGUAAAUUUUUACCAGACUCUGUU